UUUUGUGAGGUUAUGUUCGUCUAAAAUAUUUUGAAUUUUAGUUAUCACCGAGUGGCUUUUUCUUUAAUUUCAAUGUAUUUCUAUUACACGGACAUUGAAAAUGGCUCAAAAUAAUUUCAUACUAGUUAUAAAUUUAUCAGAAUUUUUCACUGAUCAUAGGCAGAGGGCAAGAAUUUUUAUUAAUGAAAAAAUUAAAAAAGUGGAAGAUUUACAACACAAAAUUGCAAACUGUUUUGGCAUAGAGAAUUUUAUUUUAACUAGUUCCAAUGAAUACUUACCUCCUGCUGAAGACGUGAGGAUAAUUCGUAAUGAUGAUGUUGUUUGUGUUAUACCUACCAAUAAACAUAAUGAAAUACCUACCAACAUACCUAGUGAAAUACUUAACAAUAUACCUAGUACAUCAAACAGAAAAUCAAACAGUUCAUUAAAUGACAGAAAAGAAAAAUAUCUAUCAGAACAGAACCAUGAUGAAAAUUAUCUAUAUAAAUCACAAAAGAAUGAUGUAAAUCAAAUGGAAAACAAUGGCAAAGGUAAAAAGAAGAGAAAAAAGGAAACUGAAUCCCAGGAGGAUCAAGAUGAGAUCAUAGCGAACUUCAAAAUGCUAUUAGAAGGAUAUUCUAGGAAAAGAUUUAAAAAGAGUUUAAGGCAAGAAGAAGAGAAAACAUCUAAAAGUUCCAAAAAUGUAAAUGGGGAACACUCAGAAACUUUACAUAAACACAAUCAUAGUAAAGAUCAAAUGGAUAAAAAAUCUAAAAAAUGUUCAAAACAAGUUAAUUCUUUACCCAUCUCAAAUAAGCAAGUUUCCAACCCAAAUGUGGCUCAUGGUUUAUGCAAAAUGGAUGUAAAUCGAGAUUAUAGUGUAAAAAAUGUAUUUACAGCAAUACCUAACAGCAAGACAGAAAUACAGAGUUCAAGGCAAGGAGAGGAGAAACCAUUCAAAAUAAAAUCAUCUAAAAGUAUCAAAAAUGUAAAUGAGGAACACUCAGAAAUAUUGUAUAAACACCAUCUUAGUAAUGUUCAAAUGGACACAUCAUAUAGAAAAAGGUCAAAACAAGUAGUUGAUUCUGUACCCAGCUCAAAUAAACUAGUUUCCGACCCAUGUGGGGCUCAUGGAUCAUACAAAAUGGAUGUAAAUGGAGAUACUAGUGUAAAAAAUGUAUUUACAACAAUACCUGACGGCAAGACAGAAAUACAGAGUGCAAGGCAAGAAGAAGAGAGCCCAUCUAAUAAAAAAUCAUAUAAAAAUACAAAAAAUGAAAAUAAAUACUAUCAUAGUAAAGAUCAAAUGGACACAUUAUAUAAAAAAAGUUCAAAACAAGUAGUUGAGUCUGUACCCAACUCAAAUGGACUAGUUUCUAACCCAUAUGGGCUCAUGGAUCAUGAUAAUAGUUAUACUCAACAAUUCAAAAACGUACAAGACUCAUUUGACAGUUUUAAUAAGGAUAGUAAUCAAGUUUCUUCAAAUGAUCACCAAUCUAUUAAUUGUCCUGCACCGCAUACAAUAGACACAAAUGUCAAAAAGAAAAUCAAUAUAGUUCGAGUUGAUUGCAUCAGUCAAUCAACUGUUGAGGAACAUAAUGAAGAAAAUAAAGCAAAAGCUGAUAUUCCAACAGUGGUAAGUCUAAAUAUCAUGUUGAGUAUAUCUAGGUCCUCAUCAGGUAUUGAAGAUGAUAUUCAAACCAACAAAGACACAAUUGAAACAGAUACAGUUUUACCAACUACCAAAUACUUCUUCAUCAAUACUCCUUCUUCAAAGGAAAAAUAUGAGAAGGCUAAGAGAGCAGUCAAAAAGAAAAAGGAAAAUAUGUUCAAAAUUAGAGAGUCGCUUUGGAUUUCUCCACAAGCACAGAAAAAUCAAGAGGUUAAAAAUGAUUUAAAAGAAAGAGAAUUGGACAGGGAUCCAUAUAAACUCAAGGAGGAACAUAUUGCAAUCGAAAUUAAUGAAAACAAAGCAUUAAACAAUCAAGUGUCUUAUGAAAUGCAAACGAAAGAACCAGUUGAGGAAGCUGUGGAGCAUAAAUGGAUACAAUCUAAUGAACAUCAAAUUGCUGACCCUAGUACAACUAACCGUGAUAUAGUCGAUAACACUGUAGAAGGCGAUAUGAAUGUAACACUUGAAAUUAGUGAGAAGGAAAAACUUGGUGAUGCAAAAGUAAAAUUGCCAGAAUCUGAAGAAGAAAUCGACAUUAAAAUAAAUGAAGACAAUUUAGACGCAACUGUUUCAAAUAUGAAAGAACAUAUGAAAUUUCGUAAUAAACAGUUCGAAGAAUCUCAAAAUUAUGGUAUAUCCGAAAAUGAUUCUCAAAAUAACAGUAUGACAGUAAGUCCUAAAAUCAAAUAUCCCGUUUUCGGAAAAUCAUCAUUGGCAAUUUUGCAGGAUUCUUGUUACUUGAGUAAAAUACCACCUUGCAUUUCUACACUACAAGAAGAUUCCUUGAUAAAAGGGACUACCGCGUGGGAUAUGUCGGGGCUUAAACCUAUUAAACAUUGGAGUGCCAAUUAUUCUGGAGUCGGUGUGCUGCUGGAUAGUCUAAGAAAUAGCAGUUAUGACAGUACUUCAACGACUCUAAACAGCCCUUGUGAUACAUCCGUAAACCAAGAUAGCAGUAAAUUCGUAACGAAACGGAAGAGACAUCGUAAAAGAAAGCAUAAUUCCAAGUCAAAAAAUUGUACUAUCGAGGAAACCAUUUCCCCCCAAAGAAAUUCUACAUCUACUUCUUUCAAACCCUUAAAGUGUGCAGCAGCUCCAAAGACUCACAUUAGGUUUGAUAACGAGACUGAAAACAAGGAAGAAAACAGUGAAGUGAAUGGAGAAAAAGAACAAGACGACGUUAGUGUUAUUUGUAUAGAUAACCAGAAGAUUUAUGAAUAUAAAAAUGCAACAUCUUUGUUCAACUGGCAUGCCAUAACUGGAUUGCCUGAUAUUGAAGAUGUUAUUGCAUUUAGGGUAUUUAAAUUAACGGAUCAACUAACACCAGGUGUAUCAUCUGAAAUCGUAGGAACUGUUAAAGAAGUUUCAGAAAAUAAUUUAGUAACUUUUUUUAUAUGGGAUGGUAUUGAAGAACUUCAGAACAGCUGUGCUGAAAAUAUGGCGGAUGAUGAAUUAAAUGAUGAACUUUCUCCCAUGAAGACUCUUCGAUGGUCUGAUUUAAUACAACCAAAACGGGGUGAAAAAAUGACUAAAUAUUAAUUAGUUUUUUUAGAUAUAUAUUAGGUUUUGUGAUUUUAUUUAACUUUAGUAUACUUUUUUAUAUUGUUUUAAUGUUAUAAUUAGAUUUAAAUAAAUUAUAUUACUUUUU